ACCGUCCCGAGCGUCCACCCAGAUUCGAUCCUUGGCAAUCGCCAAAGUGUCCAUCUCAAGUUUCAAGCCUCACAGCUCGUUUAGUUAGUAGGCUCUUAUUAUUCUUCUAAUUCAAAAGCCUACCGUCGCAUGACAAACACUCGUUGCCUAGCGAAUAUGUUAUUCUCGACUAAAACCCUCCUGCUAUUGGCAGCGAGCUUCCUACGAGCUGCGCUCGCCCACAAUAUCCAGCUUCCCGCCCACGGCCGCGAGUGCUUCCACGAGGAACUCCACAAGGACGAUGUCAUGACCGUUACUUUCCAGACCGGCGACAGGGAGUUCGGCGGUGCCGGAAACCUCGACAUUGACUUCUGGAUCACGAACCCGAUGGGCCAGCACGAAACUUUCCAGAAGUCGGUUUCGAACGGCGACUUCUCGUUUACGGCUAGACACGACGGCAAAUUCCUCUACUGCUUCGGUAACGAACACUGGGGCUCCAACAGCAAGGAGGUGUCGUUCAACGUACAUGGAAUAGUCUACGUGUCCGAAGGCGAUGCCCCUCAGGAUCCCUUAGAGAAAGAGAUCAAGCAACUCUCCGAACUAGUCGACCAGGCAAGGGAUGAGCAAUCCUACAUCGUCGUCCGUGAACGCACCCACCGUAACACCGCCGAGAGCACAAACAGCCGAGUCAAAUGGUGGAACCUGUUCGUAAUUGGCGUGGUAGUAGGCGAGUCUCUAUUCCAGGUAUGGUGGUUACGAAGAUUCUUCGAAGUUAAACGGGUGGUAUAGCAUCGUACUUGGGGGGUGGGGGAGUAGUUCGAUCACCAUCUUGUUUCUGGGUAGUCAGGCGUAUUCGUGGGCUGGCUUCGAGACGGCGGGUUUUAAAAAAGGGAAUGGGCAGACAGACGUUCAUGAAUCAGAGCAUAUUGCGCGUUUGUACAGUAAUGAAGAGAAGAUAUCUGGCAUGUUAUAUAUUCCCGGUUUAAGUCUGUA